AUGACCGGACUCGUCUCCGACGAGGUCGCCGAGGACUACAAGAGUUCCUUGGAGGAUCUCACCGGCAAUGACCGAUUCCAGAUCAGCAACUUGACCGUCAUUGCCAAGGAGAACACCGAGCAUGCCAUGGCCAUCUCCCGCGUGCUGGAGAAUCACAUUCGAUCAACACCUCCACAGCAGAAACUACCUGCUCUCUAUGUAGUCGACUCCAUCGUCAAGAACGUCGGGACUCCUUACACCCUGUUCCUGGGGCGAAACAUGUAUCAGACUUUUAUGAAUGCGUACACUUUGGUUGAUGCUCAGACUCGUCGCAAAUUGGACGAGAUGCUGAAGACGUGGAAAGAGCCUGUUCCGGGUUCAUUGGACACUCGCCCGGUCUUUCCUCCCGAGAUCACUCGCAGUAUCGAGAGUGCUCUCAUCAAGGCACGUACGGCGGCUUUGCAGCAGGAGCAGGCGCGAGGCAGUCGCGAUAUCCUCAAUCGUGGUCGUAACACUGGUACACCACCGGGCAUGUCUCGACAAGUCAAUAAUCAUCAUGGCACCAAUGGCCAGGGAUAUGGCACACCCACACCACCGCAAGGUCACCGUCCAACGUCUGAACUCGACGCUUUGAACCGAGACCUAGAGGCCUGUAUUCUCUCGGCACGGAACGAUUUUGCUGCUGCUCCAUUUGAUCCCACCUCACAGCAACGUCUCAAGGCACUGCUCGAUCUUCAGACCAUCAUGCGAAACCAGCAGCUCACCCCAGAUCAGCUCCGACUCGUUCGGGAUCAGCUAUCAGUUUUCAGACCACAGGCGCCUGCACUUCAAAACCCUUCACCAAGCGCUCCUCCCCCUGCUGCCGCUCCCGUCCCUCCCCCAGCCCCGGUCCCUACUCCUCCAAGUCAACCUCCAUCCCAAUCUCUGCAAAACCUCUUGAACUCAAGAACCCUCGCCGAACUCAUCAAGAAUACUGCCAUCCGCCAACAACCCACUCCUCCACCCGCUAUUCCUAAUGCCAUGCCUCAAAUGCCGCAGAUGCCUCAGAUGCCUCAGAUGCCUGCUGCUAGCAAUACACCCCAACCCGAGAACCCAUUGAUUGCGGCUCUGCGAUCGCGUGGCAUUCUGCCUCCUGCAUCGGCUCCUCCGGUUAUGGGGUCUACGGGUCAGCCACCCACUGGAGACCCGCUGCCUUUCCUUGUACCUGGUGGAAUGCGGUCUACACCUCCGGCUCCUACUCCGCCAGUCUCAAUGCCAGUCUCGUCCACAGUUCCGAUGACCACCGCAUCCAUGAAAAUCCCUCGAGUCGCUCUCGUGGUUUCUUUGUAUGAAGCCAAGUCCAACAGGUGCGGAACCUGCGGACGUCGUUUCCCUAAUACCCAGGAGGGUAAAGAGAAGAAAGCACGACACUUGGAUUGGCACUUCAAGACGAACCAGCGCAUGUCGGAGGCUGCUAAGCGGGCUCAGACUCGUAGCUGGUACGUUGAUGAAAGGGAUUGGAUUAAAUCCCGCGAGGUCGACGACGACCAGCCCAUCGCCGACACAGAUUCCACCACCGAAGGAGGCCCCGGUGCAGAAGGCAAUGCCUCCAAGCAAGGCCCGCCAAAGGCAUGGAUCCGCGCUCCUAACGAUGCCACCCUCCGUAAUACCCCCUGCCCCAUCUGCCAGGAGAAGUUCGAGUCGACCUGGUCGGAAGACGUGCAAGAUUGGAUCUGGGAGGAUGCCAUCAAGGUUGGCAGUCGUGUUUACCAUGCCAGCUGUUAUGCCGAAGUCACCAAGGAUGGUCCUGCACCGCGUAGUUCAACGCCUCAAGCGCGUACUGGUACACCCGACUCUGUACUGGGUAAACGCAAGGCUGAGGGAACUGAUUCUCCUGGUGGAAAGACGCGCAUCAAGACGGAGGCUUGA